AUGGAAUGCCUCUGCAACCUGUUUCACAGCUACAACAACAACUGCUGCACAAACAACUGCCGCACCCACAACCGCAAGAACAACAGUUGCACCCACGACCGCAGCAACAACUGCCUCACCUACAACUGCCUCACCUACAACUGCCGCACCCACGACCACAGCAGCAACAACUGCAGCAUCCACUACUGCAGCACCCACAACCGCAGCAACAACAGCUGCACCUACUACUGCUGCACCUACAACUGCUGCAGCAACAACUGCCGCACCCACGACUGCAGCAGCAACAACUGCCUCACCCACGACUGCAACAGCAACAACUGCCGCACCCACAACCGCAGCAACAACAGCUGCACCCACUACUGUAGCACCUACAAGUGCUGCACCUACAACUGCUGCACCAACAACUGCAGCACCCACUACUGCAGCGCCUACAACUGCCGCGGCAACAACUGCCGCACCCACAACAGCAGCACCAACAACUGCUGCACCAACGACAGCAGCAGCAACAACUGCAGCACCUACAACUGCCGCACCCACAACCGCAGCAACAACAGCUGCACCCAAUACUGCAGCACCUACAACUGCUGUACCUACAACUGCUGCACCUACAACUGCAGCGCCUACAACUGCUGUACCUACAACUGCUGCUCCUACAACUGCAGCACCUACAACUGCUGUACUUACAACUGCAGCACCUACAACUGCUGUACCCACAACUGCCGCACCCACAACCGCAGCAACAACAGCUGCACCCACUACUGCAGCACCUACAACUGCUGCACCCACAACUGCUGCACGAACAACUGCAGCACCCACUACUGCAGCACCCACUACUGCAGCGCCUACAACUGCUGCACCAACGACAGCAGCAGCAACAACUGCAGCACCUACGACUGCCGCACCCACAACCGCAGCAACAACAGCUGCACCCACUACUGCAGCACCUACAACUGCAGCACUUACAACUGCUGCACCUACAACUGCUGCUGCUAC